UGGCCGCACUCGUCUCAGUAACGUGCUGGAUGCAACAGUAGCUGAAACAGCUAGCAUAUGUAGCUCAGGAGGUCCGUCCGCUCACCAGUGGCCCGGCCAUCGUACAAACAUGCGUCUGCUUACUGGCUGACACUCCUGCGUAGUUUCCUCUUUACCGUCAAGACUCCGUGCGGAGACUCCUGAUCUGACAAAGCGCAGCAUCUCUUGGUGAUGGAUCCCGAACGACAGAAACGAAGAGAGGAGAUCCAGAAGGCCACGAGCUUUAUCCAGUCGUCGUUACCUUUCCCAGAGCCGGACAGUUAUGAGGCAUUUCUGACGCAGUUAGUGUGCAACUUGCUGGACGAGGGUAAUUCUUGUUUCCGGGAUGGAGACUGGCGUCAGGGAGCUCAGCAGUACGGAGAGGCAAUCAGUGUAGCUCGCUAUGCACAGGCCGAGGCCGUCAUCAUUCCCUACGAGCUGCUGGAGAGCCUGUACGUGAACAGGGCUGCAGCCUUCUACCAGAUGAGAGAGUAUGAGCGGGGUGUUCAGGACUGUGAGAGUGCACUGUGCGUAUCGGAGGGCAGCCGCAGGGCUUUGUACAGAAAAGCUCUCUGCCUUAGGGAGCUGGGACGACUCAGGGAGGGGUACGAGAGCGGAACAAAAUGUCUCCUCGCUGCGCCACAUGAUCAGCAGGUUAUUGACCUAGCACAGGAUCUGGCCAACAAACUGGGCCUGAAGGGUCGUAAAGCUUAUGUCAGUCUGCAGACGGAGUCUGCGUCCACAGAAGGAGAGGGUCACGGGGAGACAUCCCCACCCCCUGGAGAAAUGUCUUCCAAUGGUUUGGAGUCUCUGGGGGACAUGGGGUCAGGUGACCUGUCCAACGCGCAGUGCAUCCCUGCUCCUCUGGCCACGCCCAUCCCAGUCAGUGACGACCCAACAACCACUGUUGUGACCUCGUGCACUGAGCUGUCGGAGAGCCCCAGCAGCCAGGCUCUGCCCCCUAUGCCGUACUCCGUCCCCGUGUCGGAGCACAUGGAGGACUGCAGCAGUGUCAUGAAGGACGAGCUGGACAGCAUUUUGGAAUGUAUGCCAAAGAAAGUCAGUGAGAGUCCAGUUCAGGGAGCUAUCCCCACCAACCUUCCCAAUACUGCUGUAGGUCUCCGGCCUCCUUACUCGCCUAGACUUCCAGCCCCAUCUUCUCAGCUUCCACCAGCCUUCUUCGGCUCCUCCAUCAGUGAAAUGCACCCUUUAGAGCCUUACACAUCCCGGUGUGAUCAGGGCUCCACCCAGGCGCAGGACGCACUGGGACGGUUUUCUUCAGAGACUCCAAGUGGAGAGGGAAUGGGAGCUGCUCCUGGAGGGCUCGACUCUCUGUCCGAGUACACUCUCCCAGGGGGACGAGUGUGUCACAGCUUCAUCCCUGGAAUGCGUAACCACAGUGCACACACCAAUGGACCAGCAGGAAGCAAUCUCUCUGUUCUCUCUAGGAACCCUCUGGUAGCCACUCAUGAGUUUCGCCAGGAAUGUUUUGACAGUAAGCCUCGCAUCAUCAGCAAACGCAGCAAAGAAAAUUUAGCUGUCUGCUCCAACCUCACCGCACGGCACCCAUUUGAUGAUAACAAGUGCCUAGUCCAUGUGGUGAGGUCAGCUAAUGUGCGUUACAGUAAGGUACGACCCCUGCACCCCCUCUGCCAGUUUGACAUUUGUCGUCAUGAAGUUCGCUAUGGCUGCCAGCGUGAGGACAGCUGCUCCUUUGCUCACUCGGUCAUAGAGCUCAAAUGUUGGGUUCUGCAGCAGGAUACUGGAAUUACCCAUGAAGAAAUGGUGCAGGAAUCCAAAAGGCACUGGCAAAGGCUAGAGCAGAAUGCACAAAAGCAGCAAAAGCCACUUCACAUACCCCACCUGAGCAACAGCAUGCCGUCUGGGGGGUUCGGGGGAAUGGGUUGUGGGCUUAGUGGAGUUGGUGGGGACAGCAUAGGAGCAGGUGGGGUGAGUCCAGUAGGAGGAUUAGUCUCAGGUGCAGUAAGGGGGCGCCCCCUCAACUUAAAAAUGAAGUUUGUGUGUGGUCAGUGCUGGAGAGAAGGUCAGGUCAACGAGCCAGAUAAGAACCUGAAGUACUGCACCUCCAAAGCACGGCACAGCUGGACAAAGGAGCGCAGGGUCUUGCUAGUGAAAUCGUUUGAAAAGAAGAAAUGGGUUGUUGUUCGGCCUCUUCCCUUCUCUCGCUCCUAUCCACAGCAGUACGACAUGUGUGUGCAUGUGAUGAAGCAGAAGAAAUGCCAUUAUAUUGGGAACUGCUCGUUCGCCCACAGUCUGGAGGAAAGGGACGUCUGGACGUACAUGAAGAACAACAACUUGAGAGACAUGCAGCAGAUGUAUGAACUGUGGCUGCAGCUCACCAAUCAGAACAGACGAACAGAAAACCUGGCUGUGACGCCGCCGCCAGACGACAAGCAAGUCACGAUAACAGCAGAUUACACCGACGGCUUGGCAGGCCAGCAUCUUUCAGACGGCGAUGAGCUCUGAGAGUCACUGAGUGAUGGACCCGCCUCACCAGCUCCGACCGAACCUCCUUAUGAUCUUCCACCAGUGAGAAGCAGAUGGACAUGAAAUGCUCCAGCCCAUCAUUUACACCAAACACACAAGGCCAGAACCAGCUUAUCAUAACAACAGUUUUCAAAGUCCAAUAUGAACUUUGGUUUGAACGUUUCUCAGAUGCACCUUUAGGUUCUCCUGAAACAGUUUUUUUAUUUCCUCUCAGAAAUUCCACACAAAACGAGUUUAGCUUUAAAACAAUCUGUUUGUAUUUUUUAACGUCAACCUUUGACCUUUUAUUUCCUGCUGAAAACUCCCCCAGCCACUGGAACGGUUGUUGGGAGCGUGCGCCGGUCGCGGCCCUCACGUAAACAUGAUGCGUGGCACUUUCACACCAACUAGUGAAACGAUUAUUGCUCCAAACAUGCCAAUCUCACAGUGCAUCACGAUCUUAGAGCCACAAAAACCGAACUAUGAAGCCUUGACGAGAGACGUGCGCAUCACUAAAUUCAACCAGAUCCUGGUUUCUGUCCUUCACUGGGAUUUUACAGAGAUUCAUGCGAACACAUGGAGUUUAAUGGUUUUUUUCUUCCAAGGUGGGGUACACUUCCUUGAUAUAUUUUCUGCCAUAUUGGUGGAAUGUUUUGAAUGUAACGCCUGCGUGGGCCUUCUAAACAAGAAAAUAAAGAGUUUAAAAGGUUU